UUUGCCAACUAUGAAAGUAAAGUCACCGUCCCAACAGCAUACAGAAUGGCCAAACAACAGCAGUACAUACAAAAAGUACAACAAUUUCACAAACAAAAAACAACCUCUUCCACUUUAAGUUACCUCAUAUCAAGUAUCAACCACUUCAAACAAAAACAACUCUCUUUCUUCUUCAAUUGGAUCAUUCAUUUUCCUUAAAACUCAACCCCUCAAUUUUGACUUUAACUCUUUAAUUGUUCUUUAAUUUUGGAGUUACCUAGAUCUUAGUUCAGUUUCAGUUUGUGACAACUCCCGCAAGAAAGAGAAACCGACAAGGUGCAUUUAAAUCUCAAAGAUUGUUUUUUUCUUCUUCUGAGUUUCUAUUCCAUGAUGUUCAACUUAUUUGUAGAGAAGCUGAAACAUUGCUUAUUAUGAAGUUUCACCCACCUUCAAAAAUUGUAUCUUUCUGAUGAAGGAGUAAUCUAUUCUGUUCUUAUUUAUCUAUCAGCUUAUUAGCAAGAGGUGGGUGGGUCCCAAUUAUCUUAUGCACCUUAUAUAGCUCCAAAGUUAUAAUCUUUGGCAUUAGGGUGUGGAUUGAUGCAGAUUUAAAAUACCAUGCUUUAUCCUGCAGAAAAUUAUGGACCUUUUUUUGUUGAAAUGUAACUAUACCUGUUAAAAGGGUAGUUUUUGUUCUGUUGUGUGUUUGUUAUCAAUCUAUUGUUAUUGUCAUUUGAAGAUUUGCGAGGUUCUUGCUGCUUUGGGUUUCAACUAUUAGGGAUCUUGAAGUGAAGCGGUUCUUAAAAGCUGUUUUUGAUUUAGUAGUGUCAUAAGAGUAUGAGGAAAAAUGCUGGUUAUCAUUCCGGUGGAAGGAUGUUUAGUGACAAGAAAUGGAUUAUCCCGUUUUUUGCAAGUUUGUUGGUAUCUGCGAGCUUGAUUCUGACGGCUAUUCUUGGCGAAUUUAGUUAUUCUGGUGGGGAAGAGCAGUUACCGCUGGUUGAUGUAGUUUCACUCAACGGACUAGAGGAUAAUUCCAGUGGAUAUUUUGUGGAGUCGGAUUUGGAGAGCUCUCUUAAUGCGAAUGUUGUUGUGAAGAUGAAGGUGCCUAAGUUUGCAUACCUUAUUUCGGGCACAAAGGGGGAUAGUCGUAGGAUGCUGAGGACAUUAGAGGCAGUGUACCACCCGAGAAAUCAGUACAUUUUGCAUUUAGAUCUUGAGGCGCCGCCUCGGGAAAGGUUGGAGUUGGCCAAUGCAGUGAAAGCUGAUCCGAUAUUCAGGGAAGUGGAGAAUGUACGCGUUAUGUCUCAAUCUAAUUUGGUUACUUAUAAGGGUCCUACGAUGAUUGCUUGUACUCUUCAAGCUAUUGCGAUACUACUGAAGGAGAGUUCGGAGUGGGACUGGUUUGUAAACCUCAGUGCCUCAGAUUACCCUCUUGUGACACAAGAUGAUAUGCUUCAUGUUUUCUCUAAUCUGUCGAGAGAUCUCAAUUUCAUUGAGCAUACACACAUUUCCGGUUGGAAGUUGAACCAAAGAGCAAGGCCCAUCAUUAUCGAUCCUGCCUUUUACUUAUCAAAGAAAUCUGAUUUGGCAGUGACUUCUCAGAAAAGAACACUUCCCACGUCUUUUAAAUUGUUCACCGGUUCAGCUUGGGUUGUACUAACACGGUCGUUUGUGGAGUAUUGUAUAUGGGGAUGGGAUAACUUUCCGCGGACAAUGCUUAUGUAUUAUACAAAUUUUGUCUCCUCGCCAGAGGGAUAUUUUCAUACAGUUAUUUGUAACACUGAGAAAUUUCGGCAUACUGCAAUAAGUCACGAUCUUCACUACAUUGCGUGGGACAGUCCUCCAAAGCAACAUCCAAUCUCUUUAUCUAUGAAGGACUUUGAUAAAAUGGCCAAGAGCAAUGCUCCCUUUGCCCGAAAGUUUGGAAAAGAUGAUACAGUCCUAGACAAGAUUGACAAAGAACUUUUGGGGCGCACACAUAGAUUUUCGCCAGGGGCGUGGUGUAUUGGGACAUCAGAUGGUGAAGCAGACCCGUGUUCUUUGCGGGGAAAUGACACGGUGCUUAAGCCAGGACCUGGUGCAGAGAAGCUACAGCAUUUGCUUCAGGUGCUGUUAUCUGAAGAAUUUACAAGCAAACAGUGUUUGUGACAAUGGGGUACACUACAGAUUGGAUAAUGCCAAGUGUACAUAAUAUGGUUAUAUAUCAUCAUAUAUAUCUGAUUUAAAAAGUUAGAAUUUUGUAUUGAAUAAUAUAGGUUCAUAGUAAGAAGCAACAAGCACCCAUAGUAGUAGUUUUUUUGGUGCUUGUUUCGGUUUAGUUUCGCGAAUUCAAGCCAACCAUUUAUGUUAUAGCAACCUUCUUAUUUUUGUUGAGUUAAAAAAGACGACCGAGUUUCAUUUUCGUAA